AAAUUUUUAGCCAAGUGAGGAAACCUGCUUUUUAGUGGUUAUAUGACACUUUUUCGUUCGAAGUCAGGAAAAUAUGAAACGCUGCGUUUUAGUGGUUAUUUAGCAAAGUGAGCAACUUCUAGAAACGAACGACUGAGACAGAGAGAAAUGAGCGGAGCAGCAUCCACGGCGGCGUACCUGGUGCGGCGAGCGGCGCAAAAGGAGAGAGUUAGGAUCCUCUACCGCCGUGCUCUCAAAGACACUCUUAACUGGGCCGUACAUCGCCACCUAUUCUACAAAGAUGCCGACGACCUUCGCCUCAGGUUCGAAGCCAACAGACACGUGGAGGAUAUUGACACAAUUGAUAGACUGAUAGCUGAUGCUGAAGCAACCUAUAAUAAGUGGCAGCACCCCGAUCCUUACAUUGUUCCUUGGGCUCCUGGUGGUUCUAAGUUUUGUAGAAACCCAACUCCACCUGCUGGGAUUGAGAUAGUAUUUGACUAUGGUAAAGAAGAAAAUGACUAAAGCCUCAUUUUUCCUGGGGCAAUAAAUAGAAGGUUGAGAUGAGCCAUGGCUACACUUUGGAAAAUGAUGACGAAGGCUCAUAUUCUGUUUUUCUUUUGUAAGUGAAUGGAGUUGUGUUAUCUCUAUAACAUUAGGAGAUUUCAGUUGCUCCCUUUUCUGCAUCUGGUUUUUUCCUUUUAAGAUGAAUAUUUCUAUUAAUAAGUACCAAGCGUUUGGUGACAUUGCACAAAAUUAACCCUUAAAAAAUGUCUUUUAUGAAAAAUAAUUUGCAUCCUUCA